GCUCCCACACUCUCCAGCUCGCUCCCUUGCCUCCUCUCCUCCUCUUGUGUUCCACAAGGAAUACUCGACGACCACACUGCACUGCACACAGAGCAAGAGCAAGAGCCAAGAGCCGAGCCACACUCUGCGAGAAGAGCCUCUGCUGGAAGAUAGAUUUGCUGCUGCUCCAUUUGUUAAUUACACUACUCAAGUGGUGGUUUCUUUACUGGCCCGGCUCGGGCGCCGUGUGCGUCUCGUGAGUGCGCCUGUUUGUUUAUUGCAAGUAGGGAAUACAGAUAGACAUAGAAAUCCUGCUAGAUAAGACGAUGUCGUCGUCCCUGGUGUCGGCGCCGUUCGCGCCGGCCGCCACGAGCCGGGCGCAGAGGAAGCGCCUGUCCGCGCCGCUGCAUUCGUUCCUCCUCAGCCGCCGCAGCCACAACCAGCAGCAGCACGCGUCCGGAACGCGCCCGGGGACGAUCCGGUGCGCGGUGGCCGGGAACGGGCUCUUCACCCAGACCAACCCGGACGUGCGCCGCGUGGUUCCCCCACGGGGCCUGCUGCCGCGCGUCAAGAUCGUCUACGUCGUCCUGGAAGCUCAGUACCAGUCCUCGGUCACCGCCGCCGUGCAGAGCCUCAACGCCGACCCGCGCCGCGCCGCCGAGUUCGAGGUCUCCGGCUACCUCGUGGAAGAGCUCCGCGACGCGUCCACCUACGAAUCCUUCAAGGAAGACCUCUCCGACGCCAACGUCUUCAUCGGCUCGCUCAUCUUCGUGGAAGAGCUGGCCGUCAAGGUCCGGGACGCCGUGGAGCGAGAGCGUGACCGGAUGGACGCCGUGCUCGUGUUCCCGUCCAUGCCGGAAGUCAUGCGGCUCAACAAGCUGGGCUCCUUCAGCAUGUCCCAGCUGGGCCAGUCCAAGAGCCCCUUCUUCCAGCUCUUCAAGCGCAACAAGAAGAACUCCGCCGGCUUCGCCGACAGCAUGCUGAAACUUGUCCGGACGCUCCCCAAGGUGCUCAAGUACUUGCCCUCCGACAAGGCACAGGACGCCAGGCUUUACAUCCUCAGCCUCCAGUUCUGGCUCGGCGGGUCCCCGGAUAACCUGCAGAACUUCCUCAAGAUGAUCGCCGUGUCCUACGUGCCGGCGCUCAAGGGGAACCCUGGGAUCACUUACGACGACCCUGUUCUUUUCCUCGACGCCGGCAUCUGGCACCCGCUGGCGCCCACCAUGUACGACGACGUCAAGGAGUACCUCAACUGGUACGGCACCCGCCGCGACGCCGACGAGCGGCUCAAGGACCCCGACGCGCCGAUCAUCGGCCUCGUGCUGCAGAGGAGCCACAUUGUGACAGGAGAUGAUGGGCAUUAUGUGGCCGUGAUCAUGGAGCUUGAGGCGAGAGGUGCCAAGGUGAUCCCGAUCUUCGCCGGGGGGCUCGACUUCUCGGGCCCGACGGAGAAGUACCUUGUGGACUCGGUGACGAAGAAGCCGUUCGUCGACGCCGUGGUUUCGCUCACCGGGUUUGCGCUUGUCGGCGGGCCGGCUAGGCAGGACCACCCCAAGGCCAUCGCCGCCCUGCAGAAGCUCGACGUGCCGUACAUUGUGGCCUUGCCGCUCGUGUUCCAGACCACGGAGGAGUGGCUCAACAGCACGCUCGGGCUGCAUCCGAUCCAGGUGGCUCUGCAGGUGGCGCUCCCGGAGCUUGACGGCGGCAUGGAGCCCAUCGUCUUCGCCGGCCGCGACCCCAGAUCAGGGAAAUCGCAUGCGUUGCACAAGAGGGUGGAGCAGCUCUGCACUAGAGCAGUCAGAUGGGCGCAACUCAAGAGGAAAACCAAGGAGGACAAGAGGCUAGCCAUCACCGUGUUCAGCUUCCCGCCGGACAAGGGCAACGUGGGCACGGCGGCAUACCUGAACGUGUUCAGCUCCAUCUACUCCGUGCUCCGGGACCUCAAGAAGGACGGCUAUAACGUCGACGGCCUCCCUGAGACGCCGGAGGAGCUCAUCGAGGAGGUGAUCCACGACAAGGAGGCCCAGUUCAACAGCCCGAACCUCAACGUGGUGUACCGGAUGAACGUCCGUGAGUACCAGGCCCUGACCCCUUACGCCUCCAUGCUUGAGGAGAACUGGGGCAAGGCCCCCGGCCACCUCAACUCCGACGGCGAGAACCUCCUCGUCUACGGCAAGCAGUACGGCAACAUCUUCAUCGGCGUGCAGCCCACCUUUGGGUACGAAGGCGACCCGAUGCGGCUCCUCUUCUCCAAGUCUGCCAGCCCGCACCACGGCUUCGCGGCGUACUACACCUAUGUCGAGAAGAUCUUCAAAGCCGACGCCGUCCUCCAUUUCGGCACCCACGGGUCGCUGGAAUUCAUGCCGGGGAAGCAGGUGGGCAUGAGCGAUGCGUGCUACCCGGACAGCUUGAUCGGCAACAUCCCCAACAUCUACUACUACGCGGCGAACAACCCGUCGGAGGCGACUGUUGCCAAGCGCCGGAGCUACGCCAACACCAUCAGCUACCUGACGCCGCCGGCCGAGAACGCCGGGCUCUACAAGGGGCUCAAGCAGCUGUCGGAGCUCAUCGCCUCCUACCAGUCCCUCAAGGACACCGGGCGCGGCAACCAGAUUGUCAGCUCCAUCAUCAGCACGGCAAGGCAGUGCAACCUCGACAAGGACGUCGACUUGCCGGAGGAAGGCGAGGAGCUGCCGGCAAACGAGCGUGACCUCGUCGUCGGCAAGGUGUAUGCCAAGAUCAUGGAGAUCGAGUCGCGGCUGCUGCCGUGUGGGCUGCACGUGAUCGGCGAGCCGCCAACUGCCGUCGAGGCCGUGGCCACGCUGGUCAACAUCGCUGCCCUUGACCGGCCGGAGGAGAACAUCUACGCCCUUCCCGGCAUCCUCGCCGCCACGGUGGGGAGGACCAUCGAGGACGUGUACAGGGGAAGCGACAAGGGGGUGCUGGAUGACGUGGAGCUUCUGAAGCAGAUCACCGAGGCCUCACGGGGCGCCGUCGGGGCCUUCGUCGAGAAGAGCACGAACAGCAAGGGGCAGGUUGUCGAUGUCAGCAACAAGCUCAGCUCCAUCCUCGGGUUCAGCCUCUCGGAGCCAUGGGUGGAGUACCUGUCACAGACCAAGUUCAUCAGGGCAGACAGGGAGAAGCUGAGGAACCUGUUUGGGUUCCUGGGCGAGUGCCUGAAGCUGAUCGUGGCAGACAACGAGCUGGGAGCCUUGAAGCUUGCCCUGGAUGGGAGCUACGUGGAGCCUGGCCCCGGCGGCGACCCGAUCCGGAACCCCAAGGUCCUCCCCACGGGGAAGAACAUCCAUGCCCUCGACCCGCAGUCGAUCCCCACCGCCGCCGCCAUGAAGAGCGCCAAGAUCGUGGUCGACCGGCUACUGGAGCGCCAGAAGGCCGACAAUGGCGGCAAGUACCCGGAGACCAUCGCGCUCGUGUUGUGGGGCACUGACAACAUCAAGACCUAUGGGGAGUCCCUGGCCCAGGUGAUGUGGAUGGUGGGCGUCCUCCCGGUCUCCGACGCCUUUGGCCGCGUCAACCGCGUGGAGCCCGUCAGCCUCGAGGAGCUCGGCCGGCCCCGCAUCGACGUCGUCGUCAACUGCUCCGGCGUCUUCAGAGACCUCUUCAUCAACCAGAUGAAUCUGCUGGACCGGGCGGUGAAGCUGGUGGCGGAGCUGGACGAGCCGGCGGAGAUGAACUUCGUGCGGAAGCACGCGCUGGAGCAGGCGGCGGAGCUGGGCGUGUCGGUGCGGGAGGCGGCGACGCGGGUCUUCUCCAACGCCUCCGGCUCCUACUCCUCCAACGUGAACCUGGCGGUGGAGAACGCGACGUGGACGGACGAGAAGCAGCUCCAGGACAUGUACCUGAGCCGCAAGUCCUUCGCCUUCGACUCCGACGCGCCCGGCGUCGGCAUGCUCGAGAAGCGCAAGACCUUCGAGCUCGCCCUCGCCACCGCCGACGCCACCUUCCAGAACCUCGACUCCUCCGAGAUCUCGCUCACGGACGUCAGCCACUACUUCGAUUCGGACCCCACAAAGCUCGUCCAGGGCCUCCGCAAGGAUGGCCGCGCACCGGCGUCCUACAUCGCCGACACGACGACGGCGAACGCGCAGGUGCGGACGCUGUCGGAGACGAUGCGGCUGGACGCGAGGACCAAGCUGCUGAACCCUAGAUGGUACGAAGGGAUGAUGAAGAGCGGGUACGAGGGGGUGAGGGAGAUCGAGAAGCGGCUGACCAACACCGUCGGCUGGAGCGCCACCUCCGGUCAGGUGGACAACUGGGUCUACGAGGAGGCCAACACGACCUUCAUCGAGGACGAGGAGAUGCGGAAGCGGCUCAUGGACACCAACCCAAACUCCUUCAGGAAGCUGCUGCAGACCUUCCUCGAGGCCAAUGGCAGGGGGUACUGGGACACCUCCGAGGAUAACCUGGAGAGGCUCAGGGAGCUCUACUCCGAGGUUGAAGACAAGAUCGAAGGGAUUGACCGCUGAGCUUUCUUUCAGCAUUUGACCGACAGGAAGAGGAAAUUCCUCUGUUUUGUUCAGUGGAAGCUUGUAUAAUUCUGUGAUUUAUAUAAGAAGUUUGUAAUGUGAAA